AUGACCCCAACCUUUAUACUUGGCUUCGCGGCCGCAGCCGUGAUCCUACACAUCGUCCGUUCCCUGGUCAACUCCUGGCAACACGCGCGCAAAGCUCGAGAGCUUGGCUGUGCCAAUGUGCCAAUGUACCCAUGCUCCGACCCCUUUGGAAUCGGUAACUUGAAAGCUUCGCUCGCCGCCGACAAGGCUAAGGCCCUGCCGGCGCUCGCUGAGCAACGUGUGCAAACCAUCAGUGAUAUCGAGAACCGCAACGUAACCACCUUCAUUAUUCGCAAUCUCGGUCGCGAUCUUUACUUCACCGUCGAUCCCAAGAACAUCCAGGCAGUGCUCGCAACCCAAUUCAAGGACUUUGAGCUCGGUGAAAUUCGCCGUCGCAGUGUUCACCCUCUAUUGGGUACCGGAAUUUUCACUGCUGACGGAGAAGAAUGGUCCCGAUCCCGUGGGCUGCUGCGACCACAGUUCACUCGUGAGCAGGUCAGCCAGCUAGAGCUCGAGGAAUCUCAUGUCCAGAAGGCUAUGCAAGCUCUGCCUGUCGCAGCCAAUGGAUGGACUGCGGCAACUGAUAUCCAAUCUAUCUUCUUCCGAUUGACCAUCGACAGCGCAACGGAAUUUCUCUUCGGUGAGAGUGUGGAGAGUCAGCUUGGUGCGAUUCAAGGACUACAGCGAAUCGAGGACUCGUUCGCUGGCUAUUUCGACAACUCUCAGUGGGUCUGUGCCCAACGAUCUCGAUUCGAGAGGCUCGCUUUCAUCGUCAACAACAAGGAAACCCGCCACUCUGACCAGCAGGUCCACGCGUUUGUGGACAAGGUCGUUGACCGAGCCCUAAAGGCCGCCAAAAAUGAGAAAACCGCCCCCGCUGAUGCCGAAAAGUCCGGCCACUACGUCUUCCUGAACGCUUUGGUCGAGGUAACCCAAGACCCAAUCGAACUGCGCUCCCAGCUCCUGAACAUUCUGCUGGCCGGCCGAGACACUACCGCCUCGCUACUCAGCUGGACCUUCCUAAUGCUCGCCCGCAACCCGGAGAUUUUCCGCAAGCUGCGCGAGACCAUCAUCGAAACUUUCGGCACCUACUCCAACCCCCAGAACCUUACCUUCUCCGCGCUGAAGAACUGCCAAUACCUGCAGUACGUUAUGAACGAGUCUCUGCGCCUGUACCCUGUCGUCCCAUUCAACCGCCGCCAGGCUGCUCGCGAUACGACUCUGCCCCGAGGCGGUGGUUCGGAUGGCGAGUCCCCCGUCUACCUGAAGAAGGGCAAUGCCGUCGUCUACAGUGUUCACGUUAUGCAUCGCCGCAAGGACCUCUGGGGCGAAGAUGCCGAGGAGUUCAAGCCGGAACGUUGGUCCAACCGCAAGGCUGGAUGGGAGUAUAUUCCCUUCAACGGCGGUCCUCGUAUUUGCAUCGGUCAGCAAUUUGCUCUUACCGAGGCAGGCUAUGUCAUUGCUCGGUUACUCCAGCGCUUUGACCAGAUUGAGGAUGUCAAUCCUGAUCAGAAGCCCCGUUGGUCUAUGACUCUGACUGCCGCCCCGGCCGACCUGGUCACUGUUCGCAUGCACGAGGCAGCUGACGCAUGA